AUGUUAAAAAAGUGUAAAAGAGAAGAUGGAAACUACGAAUUUGACAAACCCAAUUUCAAGAAUUUGAAUAAGAUUUUUGAAGUAACACAAUUUCCUCGUUAUUCGAUACAAGAAAUGACAAAAAACAUUCAUUUAACAAAUCAAGACGUUUACGGGUAUGUUACCGCUUUCUUCAUAUUAUUUAGAAAAGAAGUAUGCUAUUAUUAUGGGUGUCCAACAUGUAAAAUAAGUGUUGAAGAAACUGCACACAAAUGUAAACAUUGUAACCGUGAUAAAAUAAAUCCUAUUAAAUAUUUUAAACUUAUCGCCACAAUUCAAGACAGUUCAAAUCAACAAGAAAGUGUCAUUUUAUUUGAUGAUGUGUUGGAUGAUUUAUUUGGAAAAACUACUGAUAAAAUGGUGGCAAUGCAAACCAAUGAUACUGACGAUUUUUAUAAUUGUUUAAAAGCAAAAACUUGUGUGUUAUUUAAAAUGGAUUUAAAAGGAAAACAAGAAUUGUAUAAAGACUCGUAUAGAACGGCGUUCAUACUUCGAAAGGUAUCAAAACCUCUUUAUAAGGUUAAACAAAAAUACUUUAUCAAACAGUUUGUUUAUAUUUUAAGACAACUACCAGAUUUCAAUAAAUAUAUAUUGGCAUUUUCACUAUAUUUAAUAAUUAGUAAACAUAAAUGA